AUGUCUUCCGACGAUGUUUCACCACCACCCCAGCAUAAACCGUCCUCAUCCAGCUUCGCCGAUGUGUUCAAGACGCUAGGUGUCGGUCGCCCGAAGUCCCACUCCCCGGUAUCGAUUCAGGAAAGCAGCAGCGACUCGAUAUCCCAUACCACUGAGACUCGAGGGACAAAUCGACUUGUGCUCGGGCUUGAAGCAAUGCAUCGUGGCAGCGUUGUGUCAAGCUCCUCGGACGCCCCAAGUGGUCCAGACUUCGAUACUUCCCUCCGCAAUUUAUCACAAAAGCAACACUUGUCCCAGGCAAUUGAAGAAGCGGAGUCGGUGUCAAAAGCCCUCCCAUGGUUCAGUUCCGAACAGUCAGUUGCCCUCUGGGAAGCGGCUGAGUUCCUGCUGCACCACGAAAGCUCUGCAGAUGCUCAAAGGAGUGCUUCUCGGCUACUUGAGGCGAUUGCAGCCCGCCAAGACUUAUCGCCAUCAGCUCGACGUUUGGUAUUUGAGUCCAUCGCCUGCCCAACCGAACCUGAUGUCAUUGCAGCGCGAGUACAGUCAUUGAUCUCGCUGUCAGAUCAUGGCAGAAAACUGGAUUUCACCAAUUCUUCUAUCCUACACAUCAUUUCCUCUUGGAUUGUCCCCCUCUAUGGGGUCAUAUCCACAGCGCGCUCCAAAGCGAAGAAGGGGAGAGUCGUCAAACCAAAUGGGAUCAGUCACGAUGAAGCUGUAUUGGGAGAUCUCUUCCAGUUUGCAGUGGAUCUGAUCACUCUGCAGCGGAGGGCGCCGAGCCAGGAAGAGAUCGAGCUGCUUCUCACUGAGACUUUCACUAUAUGUAAAAGGACCAGUGUUGCCGCCGACAUCAAAAACUCACUGGCCGUGUUUGAUGCUGUGAUCAUGUAUGCCAACGUACCUGAUGCAAGCUUUGUCACUCUCCUGGAAGUUCUCUGCAGCAUUCACGCCUCUGUCAAGUCCCUGUCUGGCCCCACAUCUCGCGCGGUACGCAAUUUAGCAAAAUCCCGGAGACAGGGUGGAAUGGUGAACACUCUCCAUACCUUCCUGAGAGAGUCAUGUGCUGCGGAACAAACCCGAAAUUUGAACGUCGUCCGUGGCACACUUUAUGUUUUCUCGGACCUCAUUCGUGCUUAUGGCCAAGACGGCAUGCCUCAGUUGCCCUUCGGCCAAUUGAUGGAUUCCCUUCAGGUUGUUGCUCAGAAAGAAGAUGCUCGGGUGGAUGCCGACAUAUUAGACCUGUGUCUCAACAUUUUGGAGGGAGAAUUCUUUCGAGUUGCGCUGGAGUGGGAUUGGACAACCUUUGCAAACCUCCUUGUACUGUGCUCUCGCAGGAUUGCAGAUGAACCAGAGUCGUCCCCGGCCUCCCCAGCCAGUCCAAACCCCCAGCCUCAGGUCAAAAGCACAUAUGACGACACGAAAUCCAAUAUUCUCGCAAACAUAAUUCGGAUAGCAUCCGUUCUCGAAUCCCUAUGGGAACAGCUCAAUCAAGACCAAAAGCGGCAUGCCUUCAGGUUCCUCGUCAAAGGCUACCGGCACAUUGAACCAUCUCAGUCUGAGUUGAUCAUUAAUUUAAUGAGAGAAGACAAGCUUUGCCAUCCCUCUGAGGAUUCUCCUUGGGUGCAACAUUGCCAGGAGCUGAUUGAGCGUUUCGUUCAGCCUCGCAAACAAUCCUCGGAUAUUCGCAUCUUGGCUUUGGACACACUAAAGGAAGCUUUGUCUGGCAAUGAGUCGUCACUUUUCUCACAAGAACAUGGCCUCCUAGGCCGUUUACUCGAGGACUUUCCAGCCGAGCAUGAUCUUCUCUUCCUGGAAUCGCUGGUUUCUUUUCUCACUGAACCGGCUAUACAAUUCAGCGAUGAUGAUACAUUCAAACUGUUGGUGAACACCAUUGGAGCACCAAUGAAGAAGGAUCCGAGCCCAAAUGAACGGCGUGACCCUUCUCCGAGUCACGCCUCGCCUCCUCGUCGAACCUCCACGAGUGUCCUGGAGCUGAGUUUGGCAAACGUGUGCGCAGUCGGUCUUGUGAAAAUGAUGCUCCGUGCCUUGCGUCUCUCUGCGGCAAAGACCGUCGUAGUUUUUGAAGCACUUUUAGGGAUUGCGCAGUCUCCUGAUCGCCCGGCAGACUCUCGACUGACGGUUUUAAAGUUAUUGUUUCGGCUUCGAUGCGAUUCAGCUGGGUCUAUCACCGUCAUAUCAACCUCUGAAAGUGACUUCCUCAUGAAUGUUCUGGGUCGAAAUGUCGACGUGGGCCCAAAAAUGCAGGCGCCCAGUGAAAGCCCACCUAGAGAAAUUCCUCAGCAUGACCAUCAGCCGGCUACGCCGAGCACAAAGCUCGCCGUGAGAGAAUCCGCACCGGCUGGUCUCUCCAAGUCUGGUCCCAGGCGUGGCUCUAUUUCUUCCCGUGCAUCAAAACUGACGCCUCCGGUAUGGACGUAUGCUCUGCCGCAAGUUCUUCCCGAACAGCCAUCCGUCGAGUCCAGUCCUUUUGUUUUUGUGCGCUCACAGUCAGGGACGUCAACUCCUGUGGAUUCAAACACGGCGCCAUCCGGGACAUUGAAGACGAACAUGUGGCUUGAAAUUGUGAUCUCAUUGCUACAACGCGAGGCCGAUUGGGAUGUUUACAGCUACGUUCUGACGCAUCUUGGACCUCAACUGAGCAAUAAGGACUUUUUCAGCAACGCCAUUCCUCAAGUCAAACUCCUACGCAGCAUCCUGUGUGAUCAAGUCAAGAACGAGACCUUUCAUGAGCCUCCUGGGCUUACCGGGCUGAAAAAAAGCGACGUGGCUGCUUGCGUCUUCGAUUCCCUCUGCAUGUUGGUCAGCUAUCACCAAUACUUCGCCAAGAGUGAGGAAGAUGAUCUCGUCCGGGCCUUCAUGCUGGGUAUCAUUGGGUCUUGGGGCAGCACGUCUCGCGGUUGCAUUCAAGCUCUCUCACUCUGUUGCCAUGAAAUCCCAUUGUCGGUGACCAAGUCGCUGAAUAGUAUCCUGGACAGGAUGUCCAAGGUGAUAACCAUGUCGAAUAUUGCUGUUCAUAUCCUGGAGUUCUUGGCACUUCUCGCGCGCCUGCCAGACGUCUACGUCAACUUGCGUGAGGAAGAGAUUCGGACUGUGUUUGGAAUUUGCAUUCGGUUUCUGCAAACUUCCAGAGAGCAUCGAUACAAGGCCGCCGAGUCCCCCACCACACGAGCUCCUCAGCAACUGCAGUCGCGGCUUAGUCUUGGCUCACGAGAACAAGCUUCACAUCAGCUCGAGGCAGCCGAGUCUUCUUCGCAGGACGGCAUGUCGAAGUAUAUCUCGAACCUGACCUACCAUGUCAUGGUCUUCUGGUUCUUGUCUCUGAAACUCCAAGACCGGCCCAAGCACGUCAACUGGAUCACCAGCAGACUCAUUUUCCCCGAUGAGCAUGGGAAGGAAGUGGUUGAGGAACAAAGCGAAGUCUUCAUUGACUUGAUGCAGCGGGUUGCGUUCUCGGAUUUGGGGGAUACCAUUCCGUUCGAGACCUUCCCUCCGUCUCCUGAAAAUGGGCCUGUGGUGAAAAAGUCAUGGGUUGUGGGAAUGAGCAUUGUCACUGUCGAAACUGCUGGGGUGUCGGGAUUAACCCAAAUCGCAAAGCGACAGGCAUCAGGGACGACCUAUGCCGUUUAUCAGCAGCGAACGGCACCUGUGCUGCCGCACCAAGUGCCCCCGAGCCCUGACGCUCAUUUACAUUCAGAUGCCAUGCGCACCGCGGUUCUUCCCAGCCAUGUCCUGCUACAGAUGACCGCUUCCGCGUUCCCCACGCCCACGGUGAUGCAGCCAAUUCCAGUCCCUGAGGAUGACAUCACUCGUAGAGCGAUUGGGAACUUUGACCGGACUGAUAUUGUUGAUGGACAUCGAAUCGGAGUUGUGUACGUCGAUAAUGGUCAGACGAAGGAGGCGGAUAUUCUGUCUAAUACAGUGGGAUCUGCCGACUACGAACACUUCCUGUCCGGGCUCGGUACCAAGGUCUCGCUGCGGAAUGCCCAGUUCAAUACCCAGGGACUGUAUGCAGACACCGAUGGAGAAGCCACUUACGCCUGGCGUGACAGGGUAACUGAGAUCGUAUACCAUGUCGCCACGAUGAUGCCUACAGACUUUGACCACGACCCGGCCUGCAUCAACAAGAAACGGAACAUCGGCAACAACUUCGUCACGAUUGUGUUCAACCGAUCGAAUCUUCCAUUCAACUUCGACACGAUCCCGUCCGAGUUCAACUCGAUCAACAUCGUCAUCACGCCCUCAAGCCGCCUCGCCUAUGACGAGUCCGGCAUUGCCAAGGGCGAGACCGAUCCAGAGAAGCUAUACUACAAUGUGAGAGUCAUGAGCAAGCCCGGCUUCCCUGAUGUGUCGCCAGCCGCAACUCCCAAGGUCAUCUCAGGCAAGAACUUGGCAUCUUUUGUCCGUAUCCUGGCGCUGAACGCCUCCGUGUUUUCUCUUGUGUGGAACAACAAAGGCGGCGAACACACUUCGUCCUGGCGCACCCGGCUCCGCGAGAUCAAGAAGGUCCGCGAACGUGCCCUGGCCGCGCAGGCUCAAGGCCCCGAAAUCGCUGAGGGUGCCUACCCAGGCCAGCGCCGAAACACAAAGCCCAAUAUCUUCUCCGAGGAACUGCCUUCGCGCGCUCCUCCCGUGCGAACGGACUUUGCUGCCGAAUGGAAUGCAGCCUCCGAUGCCAAUGUCCUCCAGAACCUGGAUUUCUCCCGGUGGAGCCGCUGA